UGCCGCGUCGCGGAUCGCAUCGAACGUGGCAUACUGUUAUAUGAAUUGUUAUGAAUUGCUACGAAUAAUUAGCGACAUAGAACAGUAGAAUAUUUUGACACAUGGCGACGGGAAAUAUAGAUGUGAUCCUGAGCCAACUGGGAUGGCAGGACGGUUUCCGAAUUCCUGUAGCUAACGAAGAGAACAAACGUCUGGAAGAAGAGGUUGCUAGAAAGACUAAGUAUAAGAUUUCUUUAAAUGCGAAGCUGGAAAGUCUUGAGGAACGGCUGAAGAUGAUGAAAAAGCACACUGGUGAUAUAGCCAUGCGGCACGAUUUCAAUCAGAAGCUGCUUGCAGAACAUUCGACUCAAAUGGAGACAGAGGAUCAUCUAUAUCGACUCAGUGGCAACAAGGAGUCGUCACUACGUCAAGAGGCGCGCGAGUUUGAAAAGGAAUGGGCGGAUGUGAAUCACAGAGUAUCAUGCAUAGAGAACGAGCUGCUAAAGAUUACGAAGAAGCUAGUUAAAGCAAAACAAACAGUCCAUUUUGACGAAGAUAAUUUACGUAAGUGUGAGGAGAUGCUCACGCAGAAGGAAGAGGAUAAUCAGCUGAUAGAAAGUUACAUGAAGCACGAUGCACAAAAGUAUAAGGAAUUGGAGCAGAAACGGCAGAAACUCAGCGGAGAACUUGAAACUUAUCGCCAAGCUAUUGUCAAAGCCUUCGACGAAGUACAAGAGAUGGAGAUUGUUCUGGAUCGUACAACAAAAUUGUAUAUGGAAGCGUUAAAAGAGCGGAGGCAGAUGAUAAAUCAAUGGACGCAAAGCGUUAACGUUCUGCGACAAAGGGAUAAUGAUAUACAAAACAGCCUAAAAGAAAUUGAAACAUUGCGAGAAAUCGAUAGAGAGAAGAAGAACAAUCUCGAAGAAAUGGAGAAAUUUUUAAAAGAUCAGAUUGUAAAUAAUAAGCAGCUGGAGGAACUGAUUAAACAAUCGGAGAAGGAACUUGUCGCGAACCGAGAGAAACAGCGUAAAAUCACAGAGGCGAUUGAUAUUUACGCCAUCGAGGUUCAUAUCCAGAGAAAAUUAGUGGGGGAUCUGGGACGUCGUAUACAACAAGUUCGAGCUAAUGCGAAACGUAAAAAGAUUGAGAUCGAGAACAAAUAUAUAAAAGUGGACAAUUGCAAGAAACGGAUCGAUGAUCUAAUGUCAACUUUAGAGGAAAUAGAGAACCAGAAGUUAAAUGUUGAAGAGAGAACAAAACGCUUGGAAAAGAUGAUCGAACACGACGAAAAACGGAAAUCCGUAAUUGUCAAGGAAUUGAAUCGGCUGCAAGUCGCAAUUUUACGUACAACGAAGAGAAUUGGAGAAUUGGAGAACGAAAGAAAGACGAUGCAGGUGCAAACUCAGGGCGAACACAAGAAAGUCGAUUUGCUUGCCGGAUUACUAGCGAAAGAGAAGAAACUGCUAAGUGAGAAAAAGGAAGAUCUCUAUCGAGUGGAAUUUAAUCUGCAAAAGUGUGAGAUGAAACUCGAGCGAAUUAGAGGAUACGAACGCGACAAGAGCGAAGCCGAAAGGAAGCAGACGAAAAUUGAGGAGCUGCAAGCUGUACUGAACGAGAGAACAGCCACAUCUAAAUUGCUGCAAAACCAGAUCGUCAGUUUAGAGCAUGACAUGAGAAAAAUAUCUAUUUGCUUGUCAAACGAGAACGACGAACUCGAACGAUUGCGGAGCAAGAAGCAGGAUCUGCUAUUGCUCCUGGACGGAGGCGAGAAACGACUGAAGACUGCGCAAUCCCGGAACGAGGAGAGACAGGUGGAGGAAAAUAUAAUGCGUCUUCGAGUAUCACAGCUCGAACGAAUGACAAUGAACGUGAGCGAUAAAGUUUACGAUUUAGAAAAGUAUCGUCUUCAUCUCGAAGCGGCGCUUAAAGAGCGCGCGACGGAAAUCGCGGCGCAGAAAGAGGCGCUCGUCGUGCAAAAGAGGGUUGCUGGCAACGAAUGCUCGGAACUGCGGGUUGCUAUCACCGAAAGAAAAAGCAGGAUACGGCAGCUGCAAGCGCGAUAUGACAGUGGCAUCGCUACGUUGGGUGCCACUUCGGAAGGGUUGCCGAUGACCACUGCAUAUCUGAAAAUACAAAGCGCUCAGGAGCGAUAUCUGUUGCGGGAGCGAGGUGACAAGCUGGACGAAGUCAUCGGACGAACCGAGCAGGAGAUACGUAGCAUGGAGAACACGUUACGCGUAGUAAACGUGUGCAACGAUAAAUAUAGAGACAAUCUGGUGGCGGUCGAUCAGGACGCACCGGAAUGGAUGGAACAGAAGACACUCGAGGAGCAAAUGCGUGAUGCACGGCAAAAAUUGCACCAAAAGCAAACACAACUGCAACAAUUGUCCGAUAAAUUGCAGACAGCACAGAAUGAUUAUACUCAACUACUCGAUGACAUCGAGAGAAUGAAAGAAGAGAAGGAAAAUAAGCAACAUUAUUUAUUAAGUGUUGAGAAACAGACAGUGGAACAGGGAGAGAAGAUAUCCAGGGCCGAUAAGAAUCUUCGUAAAGCGCAAAAGGAUAUACAAAACUUGUAUGUUCUUAAGAGAGACGACAUCGUACUUUUACAGCAGAGAGAGGUAGAACUGCGCGAGCUCCAAGAACAGAACGCGCUGGUCCUGCAAGACAUUGCAGAGUUCACGAUUCGUCAUGUAGAAGCUGAAGCGUAUGUUAAAAAAUUACUGAUAGCCAAAAAUAUCGAAUUGCCAAGCUUUCCUCCGUCGAUCAGAUCGUCCAUAAGUCCAUACGGGAGUUCUGCAGGCUCGUUAGAUCAGCUUCCAAAGAGUACGAGCCGUACGAGCAUGUCUGAGUUAACGCAAGUGCAAAGUAAUAAAAUUUUUGGAGGAUGGCAGAAAGUGUAUUCGCACAACAGUCUACAAUUAGGAUGCAAGAUGAAAUUCGCUGUCUAUUUACCACCCCAGGCUGAAGAAGGCCCUGUACCAGUUAUCUAUUGGUUGUCUGGUCUCACUUGUACCGAGGCUAAUUUCAGUGAAAAAGCUGGAGCUCAGAAAUAUGCUGCGAAUUAUGGUAUACUUCUUGUUAUACCUGAUACAAGUCCAAGAGGAUUGAAUAUUCCUGGGGAGAAUGAUAAAUACGACUUUGGCAGUGGUGCAGGAUUCUAUGUGGAUGCAACACGCGAACCGUGGAACAAAAAUUACAAGAUGUAUAGCUAUGUUACCAAAGAACUGCCAGCUUUGAUCAAUAAAGAAUUUCCAACUUUAUCGGAUAGGCAGUCUAUAAUGGGCCAUAGUAUGGGUGGACAUGGCGCUUUAAUAUGCGCCCUUAAAAACCCUGGACAAUACAAAACGGUCUCAGCUUUUGCACCUAUAAGUAAUCCAAUUUUGUCUCCAUGGGGAAAGAAUGCUUUCUCAGGAUAUCUGGGAGGGCCAGAAGAUAAUGUUGCAUGGAAAGAAUGGGAUGCUACAGAACUAGCAAAAAUAUAUGAUGGUCCACCUUUGGACAUCUUAAUUGAUCAGGGCAAUGAGGAUCAGUUUCUGAAACAAGGUCAACUAUUACCAGAGAAUUUAUUAAACGCUGCCAAAGAUAAUGGGAUAGCACUCGUUCUCAGAUUUCAGGACGGUUAUGAUCAUAGCUAUUACUUUAUAGCUACAUUCAUCGAGGAUCAUUUCAAGCAUCAUAUAAAAUAUCUUAAAAGUUAAGUAUAUCCUAUAUUAUUACUCUAUUAUUAAAAACAUUAGAUUUUUGAGAUAUAUUGCGAUCUAUAUUAUAUUUCUUAUCAGAGAUUUAGAAUUAUUGUAAAUUAAAAUGAUACAUUUUCUCCAAGAAAAAAAUUGCAUUUUUCUAUAAAAAUUAUAUGAAUGAUUAUUUUGAUAUAAUUUCUUAUUGUUUUUUUGAGAAAUGAUAAAGUUAUAUUUCAUCAUGUAAAAACGAUGUAUAAAUAAUAAAAAUAUAUAAUGCAUAUCUA